GUUGUGAAUCCGGUCUUAACUGAAACCAUGCUGAAGUGGUUUUCUGGUGAAGAGGGAGAGCCUGGCUCUGGAGGUCCAGGCUCUCCCCAUCAUGCUGCUGCUGCUGCUGCUGGAGAGGUCGCUGUAGAGGAAAUGGCAGAGCGGCUGACCCAAACGGAGCAGCUCGUCGCUCAGCUGAAGGAGCUGAUCCGGGAGAAGGACGCGGCACUUUGCACCAAAGACGACCAACUUAAGGUGGAGAAGGAGGCGUGUGAGGCCAAACUGUCAAAGCUGCGUCUCCAGAACAAGGCCAAGGUGACCUCCCUCACAUCACAGCUGGAGGAGCUGAAGAAACAGCAGGGAGGUCAGCGCACGCCAACACAUGGCAAGAAGGGGUCAUCGGAGGGAGGAGGGGAGCAGGCCAGUCGGGGCAAGAUCGUCCUGCUGAAGAAGAAAGUCGAGGAACUGGAACAGCAGCUCGCACAAAGAGACGAGGAGCUGGAAAACAAGCGGAAGGAGGUGGCGUCUCAGCGGCAGCGAGGAGAGGAAAUGGACUCCAUGCUAACGGAGAAGGACAGGAAACUGGCAGAAAAAGAGGCGUACAUUGUCCACCUGCAGACAGCACUGGCAGGAGAUCAGCCCAUCGCACCUGCACCGCAACAAAAGGUGUCAGAGGACAGUGGGGCAAUGCAGGAGCUCCAGCUGCUGGUGCAGAGUCUGACCAGGAAGGUGGGAGAAGCAGACGAGCGCUACAGUUUGCUGCAGGAGCAGACGGACAGCCUCAAAGAGCUGCUGGCCACAGAGAAGGAGCAGUACGGUCAGAAGGAGAACAUGUACAAACAGAACAUCCAGACGUUCAAAGACAUCAUUAUCCAGAAAGACAACCAGCUGCUGGAGAUCAACCAGAUGCACGAGCAGGAGCUCUUCAAGCUAGCAGCAAAGUCUGAUGCCAGUGCAGACUUGGAGCAGCUGUUGAAGGCUCUAAAACAGAAGCUCCAUGAGAAGGAGGAGGUGCUGCUGGGUAAAACCCAGGUCAUCGAUGUUCUUCAGGGGGAGGUGGACGGCAGGGACCAACAGAUAAAGGAGCUCACCGAGCGGCUCCGUCGGCUGCAGGUUGAACGAGAGAGCCUGGAAUCCAAGAUGGAGGCAGAGAAGCAUGUGAUGCGAGCGCAACUUCGUGACCUGAUGGAGAAACAGCAGGCAGAGGUGCGGCGAAUGACUGAGCACCAUCAGACGCAGAUGGACCAAAUCCAGCAGGAUCUCCUGGGGCAGAUGGAGGAGCUGAGGAGGGCCUCGGUAGCAGCACCACCACCUGCCCCCCAGGAGGCCGCAGGAGGUGGAAGCGUGCCUGCUGAUUCAGCCUCCAUCCAAAGAAUAGCUGAGCUCGAAGCAAAGCAGAAAACAGAUGAAGCCAGCAGAUCAGAGGCCAAGUUCCUGAAAAUGAAAGCCUGGUCGAAAUCCCGGAUCAGACAGUUGGAGGAGGAGUUGAAGAAAAGCCAGGCCGGAGUUGCCCCCCCAGACCUGACGGCCCUGCGCAGUCGUAUCACAGAACUGGAGGAGGAGAGGGAGGAAAACCUCUGGAAAGUUGAACAAUAUGAGGAGCUCAGAACAAAGAACGAAAUGCUGGAGGCUAAGCUGGUGGUUUAUGAGGAGCAACAGAGGACACUACAAGCAGACCUGGAGCAGUUCACCAAGAGGGCUGCCUCUCAGGCGAGUGAGUCCGGCAGUGCUGAUGACACUCAGAGCCAGGUCCUGGAGUGGCAGGAGAUGGUCGCUGAGGCCGUCAAUGCCAGGGACCGGGCCAGGGAGGAGAAGGCCGCCAUGGCCCUCCGCAUCAGCCACAUGGAGGAGGAAAGAGAGGCACUGGCCACACGGCAGCAGGAGUUGGAGGAGGAGCUGACUCAAGCUCGGGGGCUCGGCCAACACAGGACCAAGAAGCUAACGGCUCCAGCCCAGCGGAGCCUGCAGGAGGACUUUGAGUUUGACGGGCAGGUCCCGUUCCAGGACCCUCGCAGCACCUCGGAGAGCACGACCCCGAUGGAGGGAGAGAACAUGGGAGGUUGGUGGCCCGAGUACAGUACUCCUGAUACAGAUGGUUUGCGGUCCGUUGUGGAGGAGCUGGAGCUGGAGAGGAACCAGCUGCAGGAGCAGAUACUGAGUCUGGAGGAGCGCUGUCAGGAUCUGGAGGAUCGACUGCAGCUGCAGGCACGCAUCGAGGCGUUACAGAACGAGUCGGAGAAACUUCAAAGCCAACUGGCCAGCGUCCGAAGUCAGCAGAGCAGAGAUGCAGAGAAGCAUCAGCUGCUGGUUACCAGCCUCAACGAGCAGCUCAAAGGGUUGAGUGACACACAGGAGUGUCUGGAAAGUUCCCUCAUUGAGAAGGAAAACACUUUGGCCCAAACGUCGGAGAAGCUGGAGCUCAUCAGCAGCCUCCGAGAAUCUUUGAGCGAGAAAGAGAUUCAGUACAAAGAGGUUUCUGACAAGCUCCUUCAGACUGAGCACACUCUUGAAAACGUUUCCAAGAAAUGCAGCAGCUCAGAGAAACAAUGUUCUGGGCUGAAAACUGAAGUCGCCGACCUCACGCAGAAGUUGAGCGUGCUGAAGGAGAAGACUCAAAAACAGGAAGUCACCAUAGAAACUUUACAAACUGAGCUUGAUCAGACAAACGAGGAGCUGGACAAACUAAACACCGCCCACUUGGAAGAACGAGCCCAACUUAUUCAUGACCUUCAAACCUGCGAGCGGGAAAUCGAUAGUCUCAAAGACGCAUUGUCGGAAAAGGACAAGGAGAUAUCGACCCUCUCUGCGAACAUGGUGGAGUACACAGAGCAGUUGACGGUGCUGAAGCAGGAGAUUAAACUCAAAGAGGAGAACCUGGUUCAUGUGGAAAAUGCACUGAGGAAAGCGCAGCAGGAGGUCACGAUCAUCAGAGAGUCACAGAAUUCAGACCAGCAGGCGCUGAAUAACAAGGUCACAGAGGCGGUCGGGAAACUCAAAGAUACCGAGAUGGAGUUAGUGAAGGCCAAAGAGGAGACAGAGUCUAAAGUGGCUGAGGUGGAACAGCUGAUAAAGCAGAUGGAAGAGGACAAGAAAACCAUUCAGGACCUCCGAGGGGAGAUCCAGAAACAGAGCGCGAGCCAUCGUAAUCAUCUGUCUGAAUGUGAAACACACAUCACCUCGCUAAAGGAACAGCUGACGUCCUCCAGCCAAAAGCUGCAGGAGUCAGAAGGACUCGUUUUACAGCUCAAGGAUGAAAAUAUCAACAAAGACACUUUACAGCAAGAGCUUCAUGAAAAAGAACUGAAAUCAUUCAAGGAAGAACAAAACAAACUUCUGGCACAGGUGGAAAAAUACAAUAAUGAAAUGCAGACAUUGUCCAAACGGUUAGAGGAGCAAGUGCAGAGCGAAGAACACAUCCAAAAAGAGAUGCGAGAGAAACUGGAAACCAUAGCUUCCCUGGAAAACCAACUGAAGGCAAAUGAUAAACAAGCCGAGGACGAGAGGCAGAAAUUCAACAGUGAACUGCAGGUCAGAGAUUCAGAAAAUCAGAAGUUGAGCAAUGAGCUUAAAAGCAAAACCGACAACAUCUCCAAACUCAAGAACCUCUUAAAAAACACAAAGACUGAGAGACAGCAGCUGCAGGAAAAGCUCAAAGGGCUGACGGAGGAGCUGGAGCUGCAGAAGGAGAGUGUGAAAGAACUGAAUGAGAAGGUUACGUCUGCUCUUGAACUCAACGGCGCCCUGGGGAGUCAAGUACAAAGCCUCACAAAAGAAAAAGAGAGACUUGAACUGGAAGUGACUGAAAGUGUAAGAAACAUUUCAGAGCUUACAGGUGAGAAUGAGUCACUUCAAGCCCAAAUAUCCACAUUGGAAACGCAGCAUUCACAAAAUGACAAAGUGAUUGAAGGACUACAGAAAGAUAAAGAGGAGUUGACUCUUCAAAUGAACGAGUUAAAGGGAGUUCUUGAGCAAAGCACACACUCAAACUCAGAGAUCCUGCUGGCAAAAACAAAUGAAUGUAGUAAUCUCAACCAGUUACUCAGGGAGAGGGAGGAUCAGGUGACCCACCUGCAGGAACAAGUGCAAAGCUUGACUUCUAAGGUCGACCAGCUGCAGGGCGAGGCGGCAGAGAAAGAGGAGACUGCUGCUGAUCUUCGUGUGCAGUUAGAGGCGCAACAAAACCAGCAAACACAACUUCAGGAAACACUGUCGCUGCUCCGGGAGCAGGAGUGCAGCCUGAAGUCCGGGUUCGUGGAGAAAGACGCGAUACUGAAAGAGAAGCAAGAAGAGCACCUCAGUUUGCAGAAUGAAAUCGCAACGCAGAAAAAUAUCGUAUCCAAGCUGCGAGCUGAAGCCGAGUCUCUCAAUGAAGAACAGUCGCAACUCAGGCGGCAACUUCAAGAGAGAGAAGAACUGUUGGGGAAUACGAUGCGACAGUGUCAAAAACACAAAGACGAACUGAACGAGACGAACAAGACGCUCAAGUCUCUGAGUGACCAAAUCAGCGUCACGGAGGAAAACGCCAGAAAGCUUGAGAGUGAAGCCGAGCUGCGGCAAACGGAGGUGACAAGCUUAAACAGACACAUCCACACUCUCACUGAGGAAAACCAACAACUUCAUGCUGCCUGUGAAUCUACAGCAAAACAACUCGCUCAGCAAACGGAGGCCGUGUCUGAGCUCGAUGGACAGCUGAAAGCAACUCUUGAACAGAACUCCAGUUUGAGCGGGAAGAUUAUCAGUCUGACAGAAGAUCAUCAGAGACUACAGGAGGAGUUGGCACAGAGCAUCCGAUCAGUUUCUGAACUAACCAAUGAGAGGAGUUCGCUCCAACAGAAAACCUCUGGGCUUGAAAUCCAGAUCGCAGACGGUCAGAAAACAAUCGGCAGCUUGUUGAGGGAGAAGGAGGAGCUUUCUAUCGCAGCAGAUGAAUUAAGAAAGGUCCUGAAGGAAAGUGAAAUGUCAAAUUCUGCAGGUUUGCUUGAGAAAACAAACGAAUGUGUUAAUCUGUCAAAACUGUUGAGGGAGAGAGAAGCACAGCUUCAGAGUUUACAGGAGCAAGUUGGUCAACUCAACGUGUCGUUGAAUGAGAAAGAACAAACGUUGUCAGAGUGGCGCUCUCAGCUGGAGGCUCAGCAGAACCAGCUGCUGCAACUGCACGACACUAUAUCCAUGCUGCAGGAACAAGGAUCUGCCUUUAAGUCGGGGCUGAUGGAGAAAGACGCCAUGUUUCAGCAGAAAGCAGAGGAGUGUAGCGUUUACCAGAAAGAGAUCACGCUACAGAAAGAUUGUAUAUCACAGUUACAGGGUGAUGUAGAGUCACUCAGGCGAGAGUGCUCAGGCGCCAAACAGCAGAUUGAGCAGAAAGACCAGACAUUAAGAGAAGUUACAAAUGAGUUUCAAAGCCACAAGGAUGAGCUGAACAAACGGAACGAGUCUGUGAUUUCGCUCAGCAGUCAGCUCGGCGCCAUGAAUGAGAGUGCUGCGGAGAUGGAGGCUGAAAUCACCGACCUAAAGGCGGCUGUGCAGAAACUCACUGCAGAAACUCGUCAGCUGACGCAUGAGGACGACCAGAGGAAGGCAGAGAUCGUUGAUUUUAAAGACAGCAUUCAGGCACUGAAUGAGCAGAAUACUAAAUUAAAAUCUGAACUUCUCAACACAGUGACCGUUCUGUCCGCAGCACAAGAAGAAGUCACAAACCUUAAAAAAUCCGUCGUUGAAAAGGACAAUGAACUCAAAGCAGCGUACUCCGACAAGGAGACGUUUAAUGUGACCGUGAGAGGAAAAGAUGACUCCCUGAAACAGCAGGAGAGUCUGAUCCAGCAGCUCAACAGGAGGGUCUCUGAGCAGGAGGAGCAGCUGAAACAGAAAACAGACGACAACGUCGGUUUAAGUGCAAAAGUUUCAGAGCUCGAAGAUUCUGCCUUGAAGCUCAGAGGUCAGGUUGACAGUCUGACUUCAGAGUCAUCCAUACUGAAAAAUACUCUGGAGAAAAAGGAACAGUUGAGUCUUGAAUAUCAGACUCAUUCUUCAGCUGCUGUUGAAAAGUUUAAUUCAAAUCUACAAGCCAAAGAGGCAGAAUGUGAGAGCUUGAAAGAACAGGUUUCACACCUUGAAGAAUCCGUCGCAAAGCUCAACGACACCCUCCAGGUUCAGAUGACCGAGGCAGAGAAUCUGAAGAAGGCGCUGGUGGAAAAAGAGGCAGCUCUUAAAGACCAGUCAAAAUCUCUCCAGGACAUUCAGAGAAGAGCAGAUGAAGCUCUGCUCUUCAGAACUCAGUUCAUGGAAAGCACAGAGUUGGUGUCACAGCUGCAGAGUCAAAUUCAGUUACUGUCCACUGAGUCUGGAAACCUCAGAACGUCAACAGAGGAGACGCAAAGUGCCUUCAACAACCUACAAGAGAAAUACGCUGCUAACUUGGAGGAGUUGCAGGACGUGAGGAAGCAACUCUCCCAAAGGACCGACGAGGUGUCCGACCUUCGCAAGUUACUGGAUGACUCCAGUAACGAGCAUCAGGUGGCGAAGACCACAAUAGAGACACUGAGAAACGAGUUAACAGCCAUCCGUCACAAACUGGAGAAAACGGAAGACCUGAACUCCAGUCUGUCAAAGGAAAAGGACGAAGCUUUUUCUUCUCACCAAGCAAGCGUGACGCUGCUGACCGUUGAAAUACAAAGACUCAAAUCACAACAUCUUCAGGUUGUUGCACAGAUGAAUGCCCUGACAGAAAACCUGGAGCAGAGGGAAAUGGCUCUGCACGCCAUCAACAGCCAGUACACGGCUCAGGCCAAACACGCCUCUCAGCUGGUCUCAGAGAUGCAGAAACUAGAAGAGCAAAAUAAGAGACUGAGUGAGGAAAUUAGUUUGUCAAAGGAAGGUCAUCAGAAGCAUCUCACCGCCGUCGGUAAUGAGAACGCACGUUUGCAAGAGGAAGUCGGGAAACUUGUUGCGGAGAAGGAAGAGCUGGAAAGGAGACACCAUCAGAUCAGGUCAUCACAGGGGGAGCUGCAGGUUCAGAUGGAGCAUCAGUCCAGCAGCAUGAAUGAACUAAUGGAGAAAAUGGUGUCCGAGAAGGAGAACCUGCAAGCAAAGGUUAGUGGCAAAGAUGGAGAACUCUCUCAAUUAAAAGAACACGUUCUAAAGAUAGAGCAGAUUCUGCAGGACUCUGAGAAAGAGUGGCUGUUAGUUUUGGAUAGAGAAACACAGGAUAAGAAUCUACUUGCUGAACAGUUGAAAGGUGUUGAAAAUGAAAUGAAAUCUAAAGAUGUUAAAGUUAAUGCUUUGAAACGAGACUUGGACAGUUUGCAGGAGAAACUAGCCGAGGCUUCUUCUGCAGUCAGGCAAGGCUCUGAUCAGCUGAGCGCUAAAGAGUCGGAAGCAUCAGCGUCCAGGAUUCAGCUGGAGAAGGUGUUAGCAUCUUUCCAGGAGAAGGAUAAAGAGAACAAUAGUUUGCAACAGGCUCUGAAAACUGUGGAGUGCGAGUUACACAAACUUAUAGUGAGAAAAAAUGACGCAGACAAAGAUUCCUCGUCUGAAAAACAAACCUCUUUACAGGAGAUGAUAAAACAAUUACAGGAGAGUCAUCAGUCUGAAGUAGAUGCUUUGAGAAAUGAGUUGGAUAAAACUGUAGCGAAAUUACACGAAGCACAAAACACACUCGAUGAAGGAGGGAGGAGUAACGAGGAGAGGGGUCAACGAAUUGCUCUUCUGCAAGACACAGUGGAGCGUUUACAGACUCGGCUCAACGCUGAGUCAGAGAAAGUGAAAGAAGCUGCUGUCAAACACUCGUCUUUACACAGUGAACUGCAGGCGAAAGACGAGCAGAUCGGCUGUAUUAACAUUCAGAUAAGUCAGCAGAGGGAAUUACUGGCUGGACUUAGUCAGCAGAUAAGGGAUAAAGACGCAUCCAUUACGCAGGUCAUAGAAUCUGCCUCGAAUGAAAGAAUGAAACUCGCGGAGGAAAAAACAUCUCUAAUAGCACAGUUAGAAAGUGCGGAGCAAGCACAUAAAACCUCCAUGAAAAGGUUUGAAGAGGUGUCGCAACAGUUAGAAGAUUAUAUCUCACGCUCCCAAAGUGAAAAUGACGCCAAGAAUUCAGAGAAGCUUCAGCUGAUAAAGGAAAAGGACAAUCUCAAAGGCGAACUGGCGAAGGUAUCGAAAGAAAAAGAUGUCAUGAAGAAGAAGCUUCAAGCUGCUCUCAUUCUAAGAAAAGAUCUGUUGAAAAAAAUAGAGGAGUAUGAAAAGCAAAGAGAAGAGAGUUUGAACAAUAAAACGGAGGUUUCACAUUUACAGGAUAAAUUACAGGAAGUAACAAACCAAGCUCAGUUAAAAGUUUCUGCUCUGGAACAGAAAAUUGUAGAGAAAGAGGGAGAGAUUCUCGAACACAAGACAGAGAGUGAACGACUUGUUGAACAGUUACAGUCAGAAAAACAAACUUUGCAAGAGACGUUAAAUGAGAAAGAAGCGCGUUUGUCAGAAAAACUGCAAACACUCAGUGAGAAAAGCUCCGUCAUCAAGCAGCUGCAGUCCAGUGUCGCUGAGAGAGAAGAAGCCUUCGAGAAAGACAGAAACAGCCUGAUGCAGAAAUUGGAAGAGCUUCGAGAUGAAAUCAAGACGUGUAAAGAUGAGUUAAAGGACAAAUCUUCCUCCACUGCUACUGCACUUGACUUAGAAAAUGAGCUCGCACAGAUGAAGUCAGAGAAGGCGAUACUCCAGAAAAAGGCCCAGGCUGCUUUGCUGGCGCGCAAAGAGACGAUGAAGAAAGCUCAAGAGAAUGAAAAGAAAUUAACUCAGGAACUGGCUGAGCUGAAAGACGACUACAAGGCUCUGUUGGAGCAACACUGUCAGCAGACGAACGAGCUGAACGCCGUCCAGUUAAACUCUGACGAGAAGGUGAGGGAGCUGGAGGACCUCCAUAAAACCUCCUUGUCUUAUCUGGAUGAACUAGACACUUUGAGACAGCUGGUGGAGGAGCGCAAUAAGACUCUUCAAGAUCUGAAGAUGUCUCUGGCUGAGAAGGAGAGCCAGUGCCAUUCUCUGUCGCACCUGCAAACAGAGCUGGAAACGCUGAAAUCCAAAACUGAGAACAUGUCUCUUGAGAUGGCAAGUAAAGACGAGGCUCUCGUAGUCAUGGAGCAAAGAGCAGAAGCUCUGAAGUCAAAACUUCAACUGGUAGAGAACGACUUGGAGAAAGCCCAGGCGGAAGGAAAGGAGAAAACAGAAGAGAUCGAGAAAUAUAAGGAAACGAUCAAAGUUUCUGAGGUAAAGACCGAACAAGAGAAACAGGUUUUAUUGGAGGAACACGUUAGUACAAAGGAGGAAAAGUAUCGUGUUUUAAUGGAAGAAAAGGAGGCUGUUCUGGAGCAAAGUAAUCAGAUGAAAGUGGAACUUGAGACGGCUCUUGCUUUAGUUUCACAGAAAUCCUCUGAGGUUUUAACCAUCGAAAAGACAUUAUCAGAAACUCAGCAGCAGCUCAGUGAGGACAAAGGUGCUCUGACCAAAGAGCUUGAAAAAGCUCGGCUGCAUUUCACUGAUAUGGAAAGGAAUUUGGAUUUGUUAAAGCAAGAAAAAGAAAGCGCUUUUAGAUUAAUCGAUGAACUCAGAGGUGAGGUGACCGCACUGAACCGGCAACUGGAGGAGGCAGAGGAACUAAAGCUGCAUCAAAAGACGCCUGAAACAGACAUCAGACAGGAAGACGUUGACGAAGGCGGGGUCGGUUCAUCCUGCAAUUGUGCUGAAAACUUCAAAGUGAUAUUAACCGAGAGAGAUGAUGCCUUAUCAGUUUCUCAGGCUCGAGUUGCAGAAAAGGAAGAACUAAUCGCUGCACUUGAACUGCAGCUACAGCAGCAAAUCAAAAUUCACGAAACUGCCGUUGAGAAAAUGAGAAUAGAGGCAGAUCAGCUUCAGAAAUCUCAAGAAGACGGCAACAAAAUGAACGGUCAGGACAACCAAGGCAAAAUUUCUCUCCUAACCAGGAAACUUCAAGCAGCUUUAGUUUCUAGAAAAGAGCUCUUGAAGGAAAAUGCAACGCUCAAGGAAGAAGCAGAGGAGCUGUCAGCCAAACACGGAGCUAAAGAAGCCGAGUGUUGUACUCUGGAAUCGUCGGUUUUGAAGUUGAAACAACAAAACCUGGAUCUGGAAAGCUCAGUGUCAUCUCUGAACAAGGAGAAAGACGAGCUCAGCACCGAAGUCGAUCGAUUCCUCAAUGAUAAUCGCAGUCUCUCAGCAGCCUGCGACAGCUUGAAACUAACCAUAGAGAGCAUCACCCAGCAGAAACAAGCCUUUUCAUGCCAGCUCGAAUCCCUGAAAGACUCUCAAACGGAGGAGCUGUCCAAGUGGAAGUCAAAGCACGCCGAGCUGAAACAAGAGUACGAGUCUCUUUUGCAAGCUUACGAAAACGUUAGCAGUGAAAUGGACAAGAUGAGACAGCUUUUGGAGGGGGCCAAAAGAGACAGACAGGAAGCCCUCCGCAAAAUACACAAACAUGAGGCCGAGAUGGAAAAUCUGGAGAAGCAGGCCAGAGAGAUGGAGGAGGAAAAUGACAGAAUUAAAGAGAGGAUUCGCACAUUUUCCAAAGAGAAACGGCAGAAGAUCGAGGAGCUGGAGGAAGAGAAUCAGAAAAUGAGAUUAGAAUUGACUGAGCAUGAAGGAAACCGCAAAAUGGCAAUGUGUGAGCUGACUGACAAAAAUAAAGAAUUGGAGGCUGAGAUUUGCCACCUUAAAGAGUCUUCAGAGGAUCUGAGAGUGAAACUGACAGAGAUCCAGGCCGAAAAUAGCCAACUGGCAGAAAAACUCGGAGAGGCUAGCUGUUCAUUGGAGGAGAAGCACAUGGAAUCAAACACAUACACAAACAACAUGCAGCUGAAACUGGACGAAGCGCUCAGUUUGAGUAAUUCACUCACUGCGCAGAUUGAGGCCCAGAAAACGGAGCUCAGUGCUCAGCUGGAAAUCAACAAGCUGUUACAAAAGGAGAAGCAAAAUCUUUCUGAGAGAAUUGACAAGAUACAGAACGACCAUGAAGUUCAGUUGGGAAAGAAAGAUGAUGUCGUCAAAGAGCUAAGAGACGUCAUCAACCGACACGGCCAGGAAACCAUCAGCCUGAACGAGAAGGUGAGAAUCCUGGAGGACGAUAAGUCUCUUCUGCAAGAGGAGCUUGAAAAUGUUCAAGAGAUUUCAGACAAAGUGAAAAAUGAAAAUGAAUAUUUGGAAACUGUGAUCCUCAAGAACUCCGAGAGGAUCGACGAACUGACCGAGUCUGUCUGCGUUUUGCAAACCCAGAACACACAGCUGUCCUCUCAGCUGGCGGCGAGCAAGGAGAUGAGCAAUCAGGUUCGUCAAGAGAAAGAGGAGGAGCAGCUCAAACUGGUCAGAGAGUUUGAGGAGAAGCUCAAGACGGUUCAGAGAGGCAACGAGGGCACCAAGAACGUGAAGAAAGAACUGCAAGAGCUGCUCAAAGAAAAGCAUCAGGAGAUAAAUCAGCUGCAGCACAACUGUAUCAAAUACCAGGAACUGAUUUUAGAUUUGGAGAGCUCUCUGAAGAGCUCACAGUCAGCCUGCGAACACAUGGAGAAAGAACUGAAGAAGAGUUCAGAGAAGAUUUCAGCUCUGGAGGAGAGAAGGAAACAGUUUGAAGUUGAGCUGGUGACACAGAAGAAUCUUCUCCAGGACGCCAAAGAAAAGAUUGUGAGUGUCGAGUCGGAAAGAGACCAGCUGGCUCUGGAAAUAUCCCGGCAAAGUCGACAGUCUGAGGAUCGGGAGAAGAUAAAAUCACCACAAAGUAUAGAUGAGAAACAAAUAAAUUCAUACGUGGAGAAUCAGUUUGUGUUGCAGCAGCAGAUCGAUGACCUCAAGGAUUUAAAAGAUAAAGAAAGUCAAAAGGUUAAUGAUCUGCGACAACAUGUGGACUCUCAAGAUCUACAGAUAAAUACUCUGAAGAGAGCAGCUGAGACUAAUGAAGCGAAGCUGUUUGCUUUAUCUUCCACUUCCCAAGGGGCAGAUGCCACAAAACUCUGGAAUGAUUUGUACCAGAGGACGUUGAACGAGAAGGAUAACCAGCUCCUGGAGCAGGGCUUUGUGAUCAAAAGGUUCCUGGAAGACAUGAGGGUUAAAGAUAAAGAGGUGAAUGAACUCCGAGUCACCAAGUCCAGACUUGAGAGGACUCUGAAUGAAUACUCUGUCGCCGCAGCUGCACAGCAGAGACAGCUGUUUGUGAUGAGCGCGAGCAACGCCGAACUGACCGAGUCCGUGGAGCUCAUGACUGUGCAGGUGAAGGAACUGAGUGCUCAGGUGGAGAGAAUAGAGCAGGAUAAAAACACGCUCAGCCGACACCUUGCCGACAAGGAGGAUGCGAUUUCUCAAAUGCAGCUGAAUCUCCAUCAAACAGAGAAGAUAAACGCAGACACAGACGCUCAGCUGCUACUUCUACAAACUCAAAAUGACAAACUUCGAGCUGACUUUGAGAAACAGGAGGGAAUUUCUCUGCAACUGAAAACCCUCCUUCAGAGCAAGGACGCUGAGAUCUCCUCCCUGUUGUCCUGUAGAGAUGGACAGAUGUCGGGGUAUCUAGAGCAACUCCAGGCUAAUUAUCGUUCGCAGGUCGCAGUUUAUGAGGACAGGCUAACAUCUUUACGCUACCAAAGGGAAAAGGCCGAUAAAGAGCUGAGAGGGCUCGAAGCCAGGGUCAAAAGUCUGCAAAUUAAAGCGAGCAGAUCCGUCCAGGAGAAGGAGCAGAUGGCAGCAAAGAUGGAGUCAUUCAAGAACUCCAUGGUGUCUUUACAGAGUGAACGGGAGCGACUGAUGUCAGAAUACAGAAUCCUUGAAGCAAAGAGCGAGCUGGGCUUAAAGGGUAAAGAGGGCUCUGCUGACGGGGAAGGUGGUGCAGCCAAAGGUCUUAAACAUGAAAUAAGGAAACUGUUGCAUCAGAUGGAUGAUCUCAACUCGGAGAACGCGAUGCUCAGGGCUCAGCUGGUCCGGUACAGAGAGGACUUGAAUCAGGUUUUAUCCCUGAAGGACAACCAGUUGAAGGUUCUGCUGAAGAAGCAGCAGGAUGUGAUCAAAAACCUGGAAAAUCAAAAGGCUGCAGCUGAGAAGCAGCACAGAGAGUCUCGCUUGGAGCUGCAGAAGGAAGAGCAGGCGAGCAAUACGUUGAAAGCAGAGAUUUCUAAACUCAAAGCUCAGGUUUCACAACUGGAAACAGAAAUAUCGACUGAGAAAAAGGACAGAGCCACGACGAACGAGGGCAAAGUGAUUGCUGAUUUGCAGGAGGCCGUGGCAGCCAAAGCAGCUGAGUGUAAUGAGCUCCAGCAAAAACUUCUUUCUCAGAAAAUCUUAACUGAUGAACUCAAGGGAAAAAUGCAGCAGGUGGAAAAUGAGACGGACAAAAAACUGACCGAAGCCGAAGACAAAUACAACUCUGAGCUGGACACCUUCGAGCGAGAGGUGGAGCUGAUGAGGGGCGAGCAAGAGACAGCUGAUCAAAGGGUGGCAGAGCUCGCGAAAGACCUUCUCGACAUGGAGCAACAGCUAACAGACGCCAAAACUCAGAAUAAAGACAUAAAGGUUCAAAAUGAGUCUCUGUGCAAAGCCAUGGCCGCUUUGCAGAAUGACCGCGACCAGCUCAUCGAAGACUUCAAGGUCCUGAGAAACAGAUAUGAUGAAGAACUCCGGGAGACUCAGGCAGCUUUGAACAAGGUGGAGCGCAGCCUGCAGGACGCCACGUCCGACCUGGCCAUGUUUGCCAAAGAGAGGGACAUCCUUGUUCAUAAACUUAACGCUUUAGAGAGCAAAGACGCUGACGCGGAGCUGAACAAGUUGUUGGACGAGCUGUCGAAGGACGUGUCGGAGAAAGAGAAGAAACUGAAGCAGGUCGUCUCUGAAAAUAACUCGUACGUCAGGCAGCUAUCGGCGUUCUCCAGAUCCAUGGCCAGCCUCCAGAAUGAUCGGGACAGGCUGAUGGAUGAGUUGGCCGGAACCAAACGAGUGGUUGAGUCCAGACAGGGGUCAAGCCCAGAGACUGUCUCCUCCCUGAGUGUGGAGAGGUCUAAAGGAAGUGGCAUCACAGCCCUCCAGACUGACAGAGACGGGCUGCAGACGACAGAUGAGCUGCAACAACAAGCUGCAGAGAAGAUGCAAACUCGCUUAACGUCCCCUGAAGAAGUCGGCAGCUCUCAGGAGGAAGCAGCAAAUCUGAGGUCUGACAGAGAGAGGAAGGACAAAGCUCCAGUCAAGCGGGAGGCAGGUCAGAGUGGGAUGGAGGAGCUGGUGAGUCAGCUGGAGGCAGAGAGGGUUCAGCUUCACAGAGACCUGCAGCGCUGCAUGUACGAGAUCCAACAGCGAGACCAGUACUUCCAGCAACUCAACACCAAGCUGCAGCAGGCCAUGGAGGAGAAAGGAGCCGUUGCAGCUCAGCUGAGGGCCGUUUCACAAACCCUGAGGGACACACAGAACCGCUGCCAUUGGCUGGAAAACCAGGUCCAAGGCCAGACUCAGGGGUCCGUGUUUGCUGAGGUCGCACCAGGAGCUCCACAGGAGAGAAGCAACGACUCGGUGGUUGCUGAAGCUGCUGAAGCUGCUGAAGCUGUUCAGCUCAGAGAAAGGCUGCUUGAGGUGGAGCAGAAUCUGGCUGAUGAGAGAGCGAGGAGAGAGACGGCUGAGGAGGCUCUGCGUCUGGCUGAGGACAGGGUGAAGAGUGUUGGCUCCAGUCUGUCCAGAGACAGUCAGAGGGAUUUCAGUAUCGAGAUGGAAACAGAGGAGGAGUGGGAGGCUCUGAGUCUGAACCCCAACCAGCCUCUAAUAACACGAAAGGUGAAAGGUGGGAUGGUGGCGUGUCGGCGGUGGCUCAGAGGGCGGAGCCUCUACUUCUCCAGGCUGCUGACGAGCCGCGCCCGCUCUCGAUAUUUCUUCCUGGCCUACUUGCUCACAAUCCACGUGCUGGUCCUCAUGUGCCUCAGUGGCGCCCUGUAGCGAGGUCACGCCGGGAACAGACCGGCUCAAGGUUAAAACUCAAAGCCGCGGUCUGCAGGAAACACUAAAACCGGAGGUGGAGAUGCUCCUGGUUAAUGUUGCCAGGGAAUGAAUGUUGAAGUUAAAGAUUUCAUCCUCCAGUUAAUGUAAUGUUCAGUUUAUUUGUUUUUCUGUUAAAGGCUGGACACAGAUAAGUUAUUGAUUAGAUGUCUGAGCACUGGUUUUUAUUAGUUUACUAGUUUACUUUUUUCUUUUUCUAGACAUCUUUUAUGGUAAACCAAGCCUUAAAGCAUGAUCCUCCCUCCUCUUCCUAAAACAAGCAGGUGGAUUCCUUAAUUCUUGUGGCCUGUUUCCUACAGUUUGUUUUCUGAUCCACAUUGGAGAAGAGACGAGGAGAGAAGCUUCAUAUUUGACACAAAAAAAGCCUCAAAGGGAGUUUGAGAAAGACGGGACUUGAACCAAGAAGGUGCAGAAAGCCAUAUCCAUUCUUUGUCAACACUACUGUAUGAAUCUUGUUUUAAAUUCCUCCCCACCUUGUUGCCCCUCCCCCCUGAGCUGGGAGCAAACAUGCAAACAUCCCGUCUGUCAGUUCCGUUUGCUUCACAUCCAAAUCACAAACGUUGGCACCAGCUGCUGCUUUACCUGCCUGGGUUCACACUUUGCACAUAAUCGUGAUGCUGAGUAAAAACUAUGCACUGAUACUCCAGAUGUAAAUGUAAUCAUCUCAUAUAAGCUCAGAAGCACUACAGCCCCCCCCCCCGUUCCCUUUAAACCGUAAAGCCAAAGGUGAGUGUAUCCUGACCUUGGCAGUUGGAAUAAGUGCUGUCAUGCCCGUUAAAGUGAGUGAGGAGACAUGUUUAAAAAUAUCCUGAACUUUAGCUCCUGUAUCAUGAUGUGCCAUUGCAAAGUGUACUGCAAAAAAAAAAAAGGAUAUGAAAAUACAUAUUGUAUGUAUUUAAGGUUUUUCUGUAUUUAUGCGUGCAUCCUCAGAAAGUAUAGUGUACAGUAUCUGUUAUGGACUGUAUGUAUGUAUAUACACAUUUCUAUCGACUCUGCCUGGUGUAUGAUGACUGUACAUUUCUUCUAGAUUGUUAAAGAGGUGGAAGAUGUGAUGAGAGACGAAGUUUCACAAAACAAGCUCAACUAACGAACCAAAAGUAAAAAGAUAAAAAUAAGAUUGAAUUGUUUUAAAGAGGGUGAAAGACGAUUUGUGGCUCGUUAAUUGGUCUGGUUUUGUAGAAAACCUCGAGUCGAGUACGAGUUUGAGAUAUUGCUGUAAUGAUCUGUACAUAAAGGUGACUGAUGGAAAAAAUAAUGAACUGAAUCUAUUUAUGAAAAAAAAAAAAAGGUAAACUACUGAUAAAUGUUCAGAUGGCAUAUUUUCUCUGCUGCCUCUAUUUUUAAGUUAGUGAUGCUGUUGGCCUUCUGGUUACAUUAGGCUUCACUUGGUGCAAUACUGUGUCAGAGGUGAACGUUUUCAGCUCACCUUCACCAUCCCAGAAGAAAUUUAAUAAAGCUUAUUGGACUUUU